AUGUAUAUUAAAAAUCUAAAUAUUAUUCUUUUAUAUUUUAUUUUAUUUGAUAAAUUAAAAUCUAUAUGUCUAAUAAAAAAUAAACAAUUUUUUAUUAAUAAUAUUAAAAAUAAUAAAUCAUUAUUAAUCAGAUCAAAACCAAAAAAAACAAAUGUAAAAACAAAAAUCAGCAAUAUAUCCAUUAGAAAAAUAAAUAAACCCCUAUUUCUUUUUGAUAAGUUAAAAAAAUGUGUUUUUUUUUUUAGAUAUUUGAAGAACAAUAAAGAUGAUGAAAAAUUUCUUGAAGACAUCAUAUUAAAUAUAAAUGAUUUAAACAAAAUAAAACAACUUUCUAAUAAUAAUAAAAAUAAAGAAUUAAAAAAAGAAAAUAUAAAAAAGGUUUUAUUAUAUGCAAUAUUUUCAAGGGUGAAUUUUAAGAUUAUAAAUUGCCUAUCUUAUCUUAUAAAACAUUUUGAAAUAGAUAAAAAGAUAAUAGGUUCAAUAUUUAAUGAAAUAAGUGAACAAAUAAAAGAAAAAAAGUAUGCAGAAAAUUUUUUAACUUUGCACUUUUUUCUUUUAAAAAAUGAAGAUAUUGAAAUUUUUUCUAUGAUAAACAUACUAGAUUUUUUCAAAACUAAACAAAAGAUAUUAGAAACAAUAGAAAACAUAAAAAAGAAAAUUUAUGAAGAAUGUGUAAAUGAUCUCUUAAGAAAAAAAAUUGAAAGAUAUAACCUUUUUUGUGAAAGGAAAAAAAUAAAAUUUGAUUUAAAUGAUGCUAUGAAGAAAGUUGAAUUAAAUUUAAAAGAAGAUUUAUAUUUUAAUUAUGAUAAUGAUUUAUUAAAAAUUUUUGAUAAAAAAAUAAGUAUAAAAAAAAUGAAAAGAAGUGAUACAUUAGAAGAAAAAUUAAAUAUUCCAAUUGAAGAAAAAAUAGAUGAAAACUUAGAAACUCCUGAUGAUGAAAAUUUAAAAGUAUUAAAAGAAACAUAUGAAGAAUUACAACAUUUUAAAGAAUCUAUAAUUCAAUAUAUUGAAGAAGAUCAAGAUUUUUUUUAUUUUGAUGAUGAAAAUAAUAUAAAAAAAGAAACUAAUAAUGAAUAUAAUAAAGAAGAAGAAUUAAAAAUGCAAAAAAACAUAGAUGAUUAUAUUGAAAAGUAUACUAAAGAUUUUAAUAAAUCAAUAGAACAACUGAAGAACCAUUUCAUAGAUCAAGCAGAUCUAAAUUUUAAAAACUUUCUUAAUAAUUUAAAACUUAAUAAUAUAGAAAUAAAAAGAAGAGAAACUAAAAUUUCUAAUAAUGAAAUAGCUACUUUUGAAUUAAAAAAAUUAAAUAAAAGUGAUGAAAAUUUAAAUAUUACAAAUGAUUUAAUUUAUGAAAGACUAAGAAUAAAACUAAUUUAUUAUAUACAAAAAAUAGAAUAUAUCAAAUUUAAAUAUCAAUAUGAUAUUAUUAAUGAAAAAUUUCCAAUGAAUAAAAAUGAAAAAACAGUUUUAGAUGUCCUUAAAUAUGGUUAUAAAAUUGUUGUUUGUCCUGAUAUUGAUAACUCCAUAUUUCAAAAGGAACAUAUGAAAGAAACAAAUAAACCUAAUAAAACAAAUGAUAUUAUAUUACAACAAAAAAAAAAAUAUUUUGAUUUUAAAUGUCAUGAAUGUAAUUAUUAUAUUUUUAAUACAAAUAAUAAAGAAUCUUCAGAAAAAAUUAAAGUUUGUCCACAAUGCAAUACAAAAAUUUAA